CGUCACGCUGCCAAUACGUUUAAGCGCUGACCCACUAACACAGAUCCGAGAGUCAGAAGCCUCCUUGGAAGGAAAAGGCCGAGGGAGGAGAAGUCGCUACUUCGCAACUUUAGUCGCCAUUUGUCUCCUGAUGGAAAACGCCGCCGUGUGUCCGGAGCUCCCCGGCCCGCUGCUGAUAGGACGAGAGUUCCAGUGGAUUCACCGGAUUUGGCAGCUACUCUGAUGCAGACGAGCGUUGCCGUGGACGUUUAAGGCCCAUACUGCCGCCAGCAAGGUGAAACAUGCAGUCGAUCAAGCACGAGGUGGAGUCCAGUGAGUCGUACGGUGGAGAAGAUGCCCUGGUCCUGGCCAUGCAUCACAGCAUCUCAGCCGUUCCGUUCAAGGCUAAAACCACCUGUCGCAGGAAAAGGGAGUUCAUUCCCGAGGAGAAGAAGGACACAAUCUACUGGGAGCGGCGGCGCAAGAACAACGAGGCGGCGAAGCGGUCGAGGGAGAAGAGGCGCAUAAAUGACCUGGUGCUCGAGAACAAGCUAAUGGCUCUUGGGGAGGAAAACGCCUCCCUCAGGGCUGAGCUGCUGUCGCUGAAGCUGAAGUUUGGCCUGAUGAGCUCAGCGUCAUACGCCCAAGAAGCCCAGAAGCUGAGCUCCGCUGCCGCCGGCCUCUACCAGGAGAGCGCGGCUCCCGACGCUGAGCAGGCGGCGUUCGGCCGAGGUUUGGAGUCUCUUCAGCUGCGCAACAGCUGCGUCUCGGUCAUCAAGCACUCGCCUCACGUGGCCGAGCUGUGCCCCGCGCCUCAGGGCGGCUUCAGGUCCGCAGAGGUCAAACAGGAGCCGGCAGAAAGCUGCAGUCCGUGCGGACGCUACACAGGCAGCCCUCUGGCCGGCGCCGGCGUCGGCGCCCGGCCCGCUUCCUUCCUGCAGAUCGCCAGGUCCUCCAGUACCUCCCCGCGGAGCUCGGAUGACUGUGCCGUAAGCAAGUCGUCCGAUGGCGAAGAUGAGCAGCAGGUCCCCAAAGGGUUCCUGCAAACUGUAGCGUCUCCAAAAAGUGUCAUUGUCUCCUCUCACAAAGUGCCCAGUGCCGGCUGUGCGGCUCUGCCCCACAAACUGAGGAUCAAAGCCAGAACCAUCCCCAUCAAAGUGGAGGCGGUGGACCCAGAGUACGAGUUCUCUGGAAUCAGCGCGUCCCCCGACGGCGCUUCGUGCCUCCAGAACACGCCGGACCUGUCUGAGCACACCCCGUCCCCCCUGUGCCCUCUGUCGAUGCAGCUGGCCAACAUUCAGGACUGGGCUCACCCGUCUGAAAUGCUGCAGCACGGCUGCUCCGGUAGGAGGCCGAGCCUCAGCCCCGUCGCCCCCCAGGAGCCGUCCUGCACACACUCGGCUCAGAAAAGUAUGAUCAGGACGGAGCGGAGCCGCGAGGUGGAUUCAGCCGGAGGCAGCAUUGAUCAGCCCGCGCCUUCGUCGGUGACCCGGCUGCUUCAUCCGCUGUAAUGUGGGUUUCAACCAUUCAGCUCCAACACAAACAUUUACUGAGCUUCAUUACUUUCGGACAAUACUGCACUUAAUCCCAGGUUUUUCCACUUGGUUCAGUUUGACACUGUUUAUGUCCAGUCGUUGAUUCUGGUCUCGUCUGCGUUUUCAAUAAUGUUUAUCCACGAAAGGAAACAACUAUGAAUUUUAAAUGUUAUCAUGAACAAGUAAAAGUUUCUUUGACAAUAACCUUCUUAAAUCUAUAAUGUUUGAAUUCAUGUACUAUAGUUACUGUGGCUGCAAAAGUAUUCAUGGGCUUUAAAGGUUUGGGUUUUCUAAACAACUGCUUUUAAGACAUUCACCUACCUACAAAAUAUAAUGAAACCAUUCCAUGCGUUUCCUCAUCCCUCAGCAGAACCGGGCUCAGGGUCCAGCUGUCUGCCUCCACAUUGAGAUAAGUUUAAUAUGGUUUUCCUUUAAGACCCUCCUCCUCCAAAUGUCUGGGAGCUUCCAAUGCUGUUACAUCAUUUGUGUUCUCCCUCCUGGUUCCCUUCAGGGCUGGACUUGGUUCUUGUAGCAGACACUAACGCUGCCAAUCACUUGCUUCCUGUUUACUUUACGUGGUGUCACUGCUAUUAUUACUCUGCUUCUUUUGCUUAGUCGACCAUUGGUUCAGUGAGUGUGUGUGAUGUUGGCUGAGAACAGUGAGCAUCUGAAGCCAGCAUGAGGGUAACUGGACUCUCUCCAUGACAAUAAAAACCCUUCGAUUCUUUGUGACCGCGAGUUUUUGUUUACAAUAAAUGUCACUGAAUCAAGA